AUGUUUAUGGCAUACCUUCCUCCACCCUAUUACUCACGCGCGCUCACUAUGCAGGGCAAAGUCGCUGAGCUGCGCCUCGAGCUCAACAGCGGCGGCAAGAAGGACAAGAACUUUGCCGCCAAGAAGAUUGCCCUCAAGAAGAUUGUCGCCAACAUGACUAUGAGCAACAACGACAUGGUCGCCCUCUUUCCGGACAUCAUCGCCUGCAUGCACAUUCAGAGCAUCGAGAUCAAGAAGAUGUGCUUCCUCUUCCUCGUCAACUACGCAAGAAUGCGCCCCGAAAUCGCGAUCAAGGCGAUCCCUGUGCUCGAAAACGACAUGGAGAAUAAUAAUCCCCUCGUACGAGCCCUUGCGCUUCGAACAAUGUCGUACAUUCAUGUGCGAGAGUUUGUUGAGGCCACUGUCCCAAUCGUCAAGGCCCUCCUUCGCGACUCUGAUCCGUACGUGCGGAAGACGGCAGCGUAUUGCGUUGCCAAGCUGUACGACCACGACAAGCACAUGGUAGAGGGUUCUGACCUCAUUGACCGUCUCAACUCUCUGCUCCGCGACGACAACCCGACCGUUGUGGCCAGCGCCUUGGCCGGUUUGAUGGACAUUUGGGAGCGUAGCGAUGCGAUCAAGCUCACCAUCGACUACCACAACGCCUCCAAAAUGGUGGCCAUCCUUCCCGACUGCUCUGAAUGGGGCCAGACAUACAUUCUUGAAGCACUCAUGUCCUACACGCCACAAGAAUCGACCGAGGCUGCUCUCCUGGCAGAGCGCAUCUCCCCACGGCUGUCGCACUCCAACUCGGCUGUCGUCCUUACCUGCAUCCGCGUUAUUCUGUACUUGAUGAACUACAUUUCCGAUCAGAAGCAAAUCACCGCCCUCUGCAAGAAGCUGUCACCACCGCUCGUCACGCUGCUGGCCAAGGGCCCUGAGGUCCAGUACCUAGUGCUGCGGAAUGCCCUACUGAUCCUGCAACGGCGGCCUGAAGUGCUGCGCAACGACAUCCGCGUCUUUUUUUGCAAAUACAACGACCCCAUCUACGUCAAGGUGACUAAGCUCGAGCUCAUUUUCAUGCUUGCCAACGAGAAGAACAUCGACGAGGUCCUCACCGAGCUGCGCGAGUAUGCCACCGAGAUCGAUGUCCAUUUUGUCCGCAAGGCGGUGCGCGCCAUUGGUAAGCUGGCCAUCAAAAUCGAGCCUGCUGCCCGCCGCUGCAUCAACGUCCUUCUCGACCUUGUCGCCACCAAGGUCACAUACAUUGUGCAGGAGGCCACCGUCGUCAUUCGCAACAUAUUCCGCAAGUACCCCAACCAGUAUGAGUCCAUCAUCGGCACCCUUUGCGAGAACCUUGAUUCGCUGGACGAGCCCGAGGCCAAGGCCGCCAUGGUCUGGGUCAUCGGCCAGUACGCCAGCCGCAUCGAGAACGCCGACGUGCUGCUCGAAGACUUUUUGUUCUCUUUUGCCGAAGAGCCCGUCGAGGUGCAGCUUGCUCUGCUGACAGCCACGGUCAAGUUGUUCAUUCAACGGCCGACCAAGGGCCAGGAGCUGGUCCCCCGUGUUCUCAAGUGGGCCACCGAAGAGACGGACAACCCGGACCUGCGCGACCGUGCAUACAUGUACUGGCGCCUGCUGUCGACGGAUAUUGAGGCGGCCAAGCAGAUUAUCAUGGGCGAAAAGCCAGCCAUCACGGCCGAGUCGGAGCGGCUGGACCCGCAGACGCUCGAAGAGAUGUGCCUCAACGUAGGCACCCUCGCCACAGUCUACCUGAAGCCCGUCCAAACCGUUUUCCGGUCAGCACGGCCACGCCGCCUCAUCGAGUCGCCCGCGUUGCAGCGCCCGGUCAACCCCCAGUCUGCCAACGCAUCCCUGCCCCUACCACCAUCACAGCAGCAGCAGCAGCUCUUGCAGCAACAGCAGAGGCUCCAGCAGCUGCAGCAGCAACAACAACAGCAGCAGCAGCAGGCGCUUCUACAGCAGCAGCAGCAAAUGCAGUUCCAGCAACAGCAACCUGGGCAGGCGGCCGGUGAUCUUCUGUACAUUGAUACAAACAAGAGCCUGUCUAUGCUCGGCCACGGCGGACAGCCGUCAGACAUUGACUUGCGCAGCCGUGAGCCGACCGCGGCCAAUAGCAACGGUCACCUCAACAGCAACGGCUUUGCUAGCCCGCAGUCGGCCGUAGACGAGGCCGACGCCUACUUUGCUCAGAUGCGCAUCCAGGAACCCACUGUGGUGGCGCCCGACUCGUUUGGUGGGGGUGACGGUGGUACCCCUGGCUACUUGGUAAACCAGUACGCCGCACAGACGGCAUAUCACCCGACGCAAGGGAACAAUGAUUUGUUGAUGUAG